AUGAUUCAUGAUCAUAGUUUCCGCUUAUGAGUAUGAAAGCAGUGCUGACCACAGAUCAGUGAGCAGUACCUUCAGCACUGCAGUCAUGGAGCGUUCAUACACACAAACCGAAGACAAGGAAGACAGAAACCCAAACUACAAAAKAUUUGGACAAGGUGAUUACAAUUGUACAAAAAACUAUAGAGUGAUUAACCUGUGUCUUGGACUCCUGAAUGCCGUGUUAUUCAUCACAGCUGUCGUUCUUGGUGUUAACUGUACCAAAAUCAAAGAAAACUCUCUUCAGGUUUCCCACUCAGCAUCCUCUGGGCUGAUCAGUGAGCUCACCUUCCUCCGUAGCAAUCACAGCGAUGUGAUUGAAGCUGAAGAUGAAGCCAAGAGGACACUAGACAUGGCAAUAAAAAAACACGCACAACUAAAGAAGCAAAUUAAGCAGCUGGAGAUCAUCAACAAUGGCUAUCAGGGACAGCUUAAAGCCCUGCGAGCAGAGAAGACGAGCCUGCAGUCCAACAUAUCAGCUUUAGAUGAAUCUUGUGGUAGAUGCCCUUCUGGGUGGGUUCUAUUUAACUCGUCCUGCUACUACUUUUCCUUCUCUGUGAAAAAGAACUGGGACGACAGCAGAGCAGACUGCAUCACACGUGGUUCUGACCUGGUUGUGAUUGAUAACCAGCAGGAGCAGAAAUUUGUGAGUGGAAUCAUUGAAAGUAAGAUGCAUCUCUUGGAUAUAUGGAAAAAUGGAUUCUGGCUCGGCCUCACCGACAUGCAUGAAGAAGGAAAGUGGAUGUGGAUCAAUAAUGUCACUGAGACUGAAAGCAGGUACUGGAUGGAAGGGGAGCCAAACAAUGCUGGCCACAGAGGAGAGGACUGUGCGGUUGCAGUUUAUGGUCCUGAUAAUCCGUGGAAGACGCGCUACGAUGACAGCUGCCACAUAAAACGUCUGAACUGGAUCUGUGAAGUCACGCCCAACUGAAUCUGUUCAGUUCAUUUUAUUGACAGCAAACUUUUCAAACAAGCCAAAUUCAAAGCACUGCACAAAUCAACAAGAUGUAAAAACCAACAGCCACUGAAUUAUCACAAUCAAUCUUCAGAUAGCAAUGACCACCAAGUCCGACACCCCUUCUCAAACAGAAGAUUAAAAAAAAGUUAAACUAAGACAGUACAGAUAAAACACGUUUUCUGUAAAAAGCACAAUAUAUUACAAAUUUCAAUUUAUUUGUGUGUUUGGGAUUCCAUGGUAUUGUGUUUAGUGUAUUUUUUGGUGUUAAAAAAAUUAAUGUCCUUGUUCUGUAAACUUUUUUUGACCAAAUUAAAAUCCAACAUUUAUU